AUGUCUCACGUUCUUGUGUUCAACUCGUACGCGAGGACUGUUCGGAUUGCGACUACACCUGUCAAGUAUCUGACUGAGGUGCGAGACGAAGCUUGUCAGAAAUUCGGCGUUGCGAAGGAUCAGUUUACGCUGAAGUACAACAACAAGCCAAUAUCACUCUCUCAGCAGAUACGACUCGCGAAUCUACCCCAGGGCGCCCGUCUCGAGCUUGUCCAAGCGUCGCGGUCACCAACUGUCAUAUCAGUAGCCCUCCAGCUUCCAAAAUCUCGGCUAGUACAAAAGUUCGCGAGUACCACUUCAUUAUGGGAGAUCCUGCGACAUUUCGAGAGUGCUGACGGAGCCAACUACAACUUCACACAGCGUGCGGUGCCUGAGCUGGACGGUGCUUCCGGUGCGGGCAGACUGCAUUACGAGAUGCCUGUAAUCACAGUCAUGCCGGCUCAUCGGGAGCACUCGACAUUUACAGCACUACAGCAGACGUUGAGCCAGCUCGGCUUCGAUGCCGGGUCUGCUUUGUUGAAACUGUCACACAAGAAUAGCGGGAUACCACUCGAGGAAGCUAUGACACAGAUAUCGCAGUACUUCAAGAGCGAUGAGCCUACUCCUCCCGGCGCACAUGCAGCAACCUCUUCCCAACAAGGAUCCAUUCCAGACUUGGAAAAUGCUGCUCCAGAGGCGACAACGACUGUUGCAGGCGAGACUAUCCGUGACGACGAACCAGAUCCAGAACCCAUGGAGGUCGACACUGAACCAAUGGCAGAACCGAUAGCUGAGCCAGUAAUAGAGCCUGAAGUACCUGCGGAGGUGAAAGCAACUGAGAACAUCGAGAAUAUAUCCCCAGCAGCAGCAUUAGCAGCGGCAACCUCAUCAGCAUCGUCUGCACCAGCUCAAGAAACUCCGCAAUCUUCAGACUCCACCAACAAGCCUCGCAACGUACAGAUCUUCGCCGCAUCAACAUCAUCGACUCCACAGGCUGCACGAAACGCGUGGAAUGAAAACGACUAUGUCCCCACGAUCCAGCACGCAAAAGCCCACCAAUCGCAACUACUAGAUCGCACAAGAAACACCCGCUUGCUUUCAGACAAGGAGCUCGAGGAGCAAGAGAAGGCCCGGCAAGAAAAGAUCAACGCAGUAGUCGAAAAGGGCGGGUCCCUCCGGAUCCGCAUGCCCGACGGCACCCUCAUCCAGAUGAACUUCAGCAAAGCAGACACAGCGCAAGGCCUCUACGACUUCGUCGCCGGCUUCCUAGAAAAGAAGAACGAGCCCUUUGAGCUCAAAUACACGGGUCCAACAGGUCGCCUCAUCCUGCUCGGACGCGACACCAAGCGCCUGAUGCAAGACCUGCGCUUCUCCACCAGCGAGCUCGUCACGUUCCAGUGGGCGGAGAAUGCGAGCGCUGAGGCGAGGGCGUCGCGCAAGACUAUCGCGCCCGAGUGGCAGGCUAAGGCGCAGACGUUGCGCGUCGAGGAGCCUGCGCCCCAGCAGCCAGAGCAGAAGAAGCCGCAGACGGUUGCUGAGGGGAAGAGGAAGGUGGGUAUGAGUUCUGAGGAUAAGGAGAGUAAGCUGAAGAAUAUUUUGGGCAAGGGGUUGUUUAAGAGGAAGUAG